GUUUCACUCCGCAGAUGCACAAGGAAAUGUCAUACUGACACAGUUUGGGCUUUAUUGGAGUGAUUGCGGUUGGUGGUUUUGAAAGUCGUCGCGACAUGUUGAAUGAUGUUACGUUUCUUACCGAGUUAGCUUCCAUUAUGGACGUACUGACUAAAGCAGCCGUGGUAGAAUUUAUGAAACUUUCUGAGGAGCGCUCCUCCCGUGCUGGUCAGCUGUGCUUGGACAUGCCGUGGAAAAGUCAGAGUGACAGCGAGACACCGAAGAAGACGCCGGAGGAGAGCGAGUUAAGGACGGCACAGUUAACCUCUGUCAUGGAGAUUUUGGUUAAAGAGGCGCUGGACAAAAUUGGUAAACUUGUGGAUCACGGUUGUGCCGUGCUGCGUUUGGAAAUGUCCCGCAGUCACAGUGAGAAUGAGGAGUUGAAGAAGAAACUACUGCUAAUGGAAAAUGAGCUAAAGAUGCGAGGACACGGAGGGGCAAUAACUCUGGAGAGCUCAGCAGCCGGGACCAGGCGCACUGUGGGGGUUCAGGCAGAAUUCAUGAAAGCUGAAAGUGUGGAACAUCCUCUCAGCACCCUGAUUAGUGAUGGAGAGGUCACACAUGUGGAAGGGGAGGACACACCACCUCAGUCUGCCUUCAGAAAUGACAAGCGCACAGAUGUGCAGGUGGACAUGUCUGAAUCCCUUUUCACGAAGGGUGCAAGAACUGAGGAAGACGUCUCAAGCUGUAACCUACAGGAAGGAAUGAAGAUCAGUGGGAAGAAUGCAGUAGGGUCCAGGGCAGAUGCUGGAGAAGACCGUCUCAGUGAUCAGCAACAGAGUGAGGAAGAACGAGAUCCACAGCACACACCUGCAGAAAGCCAACAGCAGCAGGACCCACCGCCCACACGGGAAAAAACAAACUCGGACAUUACAGCUGAGAAUGGGUUUACCCAUAGUGUGUGGGAAAGGCUUCAAAUCCAAACGUAA